ACUCGUUACAUGUCACACAUCUCUAAGUGUGAAUGUCAGAACUAAGCCUGGAAAAAAUUUGUUUUGUUGAAAACAUGGCGAAUUUGAAACAUAAAACCGUUUGAGCUAUAUAUUUUAGGCCAAAAUCGUUGCGCAACUGACACUUAAAUAAAAUACCAUAAGCCCAACGUCCACGCGUGUGCGUAAAGUAAAGUUAACUAAGAAAAUUCCAGCACAGACCUUGAGUGGGCUCACAAAUAUACUCACACACACAAACACAUUCACGCAAGAACCAAUACACAUACGCUGAUAAACGGGUUGAAAACGUCACAACGACCAGCACGACAGUUGCUGAAGUGUUUGCAGCUGCUGUUAGUUAAAUUAGCACAACAAAAACAACGAGUGCGAAAUUGGAACAAAGGACUCACAAAAUGGUAAAUGUGCCGCCGCUCUUGUGCAGCACUCCGCCCCCGAUUGACUUUGGUGAGGACGACGACGACUCGGGGCUACAGUCAACGCUGCAGCUGGAAGACGGCGAAGCUGACGAAUACUCUGAGUAUGGCUUAGUCACCGACACACACACAUCGUUCAAUGCGAAAGUGUCCGAAUUGCCAGAAUUGCCCAUAUCAGCAGAGUACAUUGCUCACUCCCAACCGCCAGAACUGAGCAUUGGACCUGCUAAGACAGAAAAGGCUACAGUGGAGGCUUUCAAUUAUCAAGUGAAAGCAGCUGACACUGAAAUACCUGAAGGGCAGAAAAUGUCACCAAAGCACAUUGAUGUUCUGGCGCCUGUAGCUGAACUAAGUGAGUUAGCUGUUGAAGUAGAGCAACCAUCGGAGGUGGACGAUGAGGAAGAGGAGGCUAACGCCAAUGACAAUCUGCCCUCGCUCAAACUGGACAGCCUCAGCCUAUACUCCAGCGGCAGUGCAACGCCACCAAGCACCUUGUCACCCGUAGCCGACGAGCAAACAACCAAAGCACCCCCAGUAUGUCACCAGGUAACACUGGAAGAUGUCACCGACGACAGCGACGACGAGUGUUCGCCAAAGAAACCCAAAGAACUAUUUAUACCUGAAGGCGCGCCUGACUUUUUUGCCAUAGAGAUUAUAGCGACGCCCACGCAACAAGCUUCUGCAAUGAAUAAUCAAUUGCCUGAAGCAAAGCCUGAACCCGAAGUUAUUUCUACGUGCAAAACAAACGACGUAGCAGAUUCUAAUGAAGUACUGCCGCAGGAGCUAAACGGAAAAGUCGAUGAGGCUAAGUCACAGGAGGCGCUAAGCGAGGACGACGACUUUGGCGAUUUUGCGGACUUCUCUGCCGCGCCCGCAGUUGUAGAAACCGAACAGGUUGCCAAUCAAGACGAUGGUUUUGACGAUUUUCAGGACUUUGUAACGCCUGCAACGACGACUGUGCCAACUCCUGAAGACGAUUCUGAUGACGACUUUGGCGACUUUGCUGAGCCCACAUUUGAGUCCGCUCCGCCUGCAGUGGCGCCCGCUCUACCGCAACCCCCGCCGCCAGCUGCUGCGCACUUGAGCAUCGACGAGCGAGUCAAGCCUGUCCUGGAGAUUAUGUUCCCUAAAGUGGAAUCGAGUUGUGCGCAAUCCGCAGGCAACCAAAGACCGCUGGCUGAGGCGCAAAUAUUACACUUCGGUGCCAUUGAACAGGCACACGCUCUGAACUAUCAGUGGUCCAGUUCGGAGAUGCGUCACUCCCUUGUCCGCUCACUGGCCAUCGAUUCGCGUAAUAUUCUCUUCGGCGACAAGUGGAACGCAUCAAUGCCACGCUUUGCGGCGAAUUUAAGCUUUGAUCCUCUCAAACCGCUCAAGCCACAAGCAGCGCCCGGGCCAAACUUCUCGCUGCUGCCCGCCAGCAACAACAGCUCUGCUCAGCCACCACUUCAGGAAUCACAUGUACAGACUUUACAAUUGGAACAACAACAACAACAACAACUAGACCAAGUAAUGAUGGUGGCUAAUGCUGAUAAAAUAAAUCUUGUUACCUCUAACUACUCCCACAACAACAACAACAAUACUCACGAUGCCUUGGAUGCGCAACUGCCAUUAAUGGAACUGCUUAAUGAUAAUAAUGAAAAUAUGACAAUCAACUACAACAACAACAACAAUGACAAUGCUAAUGCCAAUGACAAUUUUCUCACACAUUUUGCCACCAUCUGCAAUAAUAACAAUCAUGCAAUAACAACCACUACAACAACAACAACAACAAACACUAAUUUUACUGCUCACUGCGCCUUGCCGGAUCUUAGACUUGAAGCAGCAGCAGCUGCCUCCGCCGCCGCAGCAACAUCGCAGAGCCAGACUAAAGCGCAGCCUAGCCCGGCUGAUGGGCAAGUCGCAAGCAGCGCCGACGAGGCAACUGCCGUUGUGUCCGCCGCCUGUCCUGAUGACGGCCCAGCAGCAGCAUCAAUAUUUGCUGCUGCAGCAGCAACAGCACCGCUAUCGCCUGCUCUAUCAACAGACGGCCAUGGCAACCACUUCGACGACAUUGAGCAGCUCCCUCAGCAGCAACAGCAACAGCAGCAGCAACUUGAUCUAAGAGGGGAGUCACUUUUGCCAUCACCUUCACCAUCACCGCCACCGGCGCUGGCAACCGCUGUAAACAGCCAGCAAUUGCAUGAGAUCACCAGCUGCAACAGCACCAGCAGCAGCAUCAGCAUCAACAACAACAACAACAAUAGCUUUUCGUUGCCGCUCAAAGAGACGCAUAUUUACACGCCCUCGAAAUCGGACACCGUGGUGGCCAAGACCACAACACUGGCGCCCAUUGAUUUCGACUACGAGAUUGCCUCGGCGGGAAUUAUUAUAGAUGAGACGGUUGUCAAGAAGGAAUAUCGCGAUGUGGAGUACAAGCCGCCCUUUGGCCUCGAUUCGCCAACGAAACCGAGCAGCGCGGGCAAACCAGCAGCAGAGGAUGACGAUUUCAGUGACUUUCAGUCUGUGCCCGCCGUCAAGAGCGUCGCCCAGCUGCAGCCACCGCGCAACGGAACGCCGACGUUCGGUGAACAAAUGAUACUCAGUCCGGCCAUACUGCUGCCGCAGUCAAUUCCGCUGGCCAAGCCCACCAUUGAGUGGGGCGACAAUGCGCAGGCCAGCAUCAAUGCGGAUGAGCUGGCGCGCAUCGAGGAGUUGUUCUCGCAUCAGUACAAGCCGCCCACGAUAAGCGCCAGUGUUGCGCAACAGUCGCCGAAGCAACAUCAACAACAGCAACUGCAACAGCAACAGAAGCAACACCAGGAGGACGAUGAGUGGUCCGACUUUGUGUCGGUGCCUGUGCAGCAGCAGCAGCAGCAGCAACAGCCCCAGCAAAUCAAACACAACAACAACAAUGUGCAGAAAGCACGAAAAGCCACGCCCAUUGCAGCAGCUGUCCAGAAGGACGACGACUGGUCAGACUUUGUGAGCAGCACGCCGUUGCCGGCACGUGCUGCGCCCCAAUUCAAUUCGGGCGCGUGGCAGAGCGCCAAUUUUUACAAUAAUCCGCUGAGCCUAUAUCAGCAGCAGCAGCAGCCACAUUCCCACAGCAAUCUGGUGCCUAAAUAUCAAAGCAAUAAUAGCAGCAGCAACAAUAACAACAACAGCAGCAACAAUAAUAAUAUACCACAGCAGAUUCACAUGAUGCACGACUUCUCAACGGCUCCCACACCCACAGGCAAUGCCGUGUCCUAUCAGCAUCAGCAUCAUCAACACCAUCAGCAGCAGCUGCAGCAGCAACACCACCGGCAACAGUUUCAUUUGAGCAAUGCAAAGGUGGCGCCACGCAUCUCCUUGAUACCCGACCUGAGCUUCGUGGCCCCGGCAUUGCCUGCCAAUGCGGGCGCCUUUAUGAGUUCGCUGCCCAAGCCCAGUUUCAGUGCCAAGAAAUGACAAAAGCUCCGUAGUGCAAAGCAGCAGCGGCAGCAGCAGCAGCAUAAGUCGUCCACAAUGUUGUUGGGAUCGCCGCCGUGUCCAGUGGCAGCCGAGGCCACCAUCCUGACGUAGGCAGUGCGUCAGUCAGUAUUAUGAAUCCGUCUAGAUAUUUUUAGCUGAUUUAGAUAAGCUUAAAAGAUAUUGUAUUGUAAGAGCGACUGUAUUCAACUAGGCUCUUGUCAUUGUUAAUGUGUGUAGUGCUGUUGUUGUUGUCGUUGUGGUUGUUGUCGUUGUUCUUAUUGUUAUUAGUCGCGUAGGCGUAGGCGUAUAGUCGUAUUCAAAGCAAUGCUAAUCUGUUCGCGUCGAGAUUGAACUGUAGUGCAAUAUAUUUUGUAAAAA